AUUCGUUUCAUUUUCCUUGCUGUUCUAAGACUAUCAAUUUACAGCAUUUUCAGCAUGGAAAUGAGUAUGGAAAAUCGUGUAACUAUCUAAAGGCCAUUUAAUAUCGGUCUGUUUAUUUUGUGGUGACCAAAAAAUAUUAAUAAAUUAUUUGCUUGUGCUCUAAACUAGAAUGAGUGUUAUCAUUGUUCAAUAUAAGAAUAAAGUUUAAAGUACAGAUUGUUCGUUGACUUCGUACUCGUAUCACAUUAUACAAUGGGAAACAAAUCGUCUUUGAUGUUGAGAGUAGAAGAAAUAGCUCAAAUUCAAGAGGAAACCGGAUUCACUCCAAACCAAAUUGAGCGCCUGUACUCAAGAUUUACAUCCCUGGAUAAAAAUGACUGUGGUACAUUGUCUCGAGAAGAUUUUCUCCGCAUUCCUGAACUGGCAAUCAACCCUCUUAGUGAACGCAUCGUCCACUCCUUCUUUGCUGAGAGCCAUGAUGACCGAGUCAACUUCCUGCAAUUUAUGAGAGUGUUGUCUCACUUCAGGCCUAUUAGGAAGAACAGGGAGAACAAAUUGAAUAGUCGGGAGGAGAAACUAAGAUUUGCCUUCUCGAUGUAUGAUCUGGACAAUGACGGAAAGAUCUCCAGGGAUGAACUGCUGGCUAUCCUGCAUAUGAUGGUUGGAGUCAACAUCAGCGAAGAGCAGCUAACCAGCAUCGCGGAGCGCACGAUCCUCGAGGCCGACACCAAUAACGACCAGAUGAUCUCCUUCGAGGAGUUCUGCCACGCGCUGGACCGCACCGACGUCGAGCAGAAGAUGUCCAUCCGCUUCCUGAACUGACCGCCUGGCCCGACUGAUUGUCUCCAUUACACUCAAGUGUAACCUCUUUUUAACCGACUUCAAAAAAGUAGGAGGUUCUCAAUUCGACUGAAUUUUUUUAAUAAUUUUUUUGUAUGUAUGUUACUCGAUAUCUCCGAAAAUCGUGAACCGAUUUUCAAAUUUUUUUUUUAAUCGAACGCGUAUAACUCCGAGAUGGUCCCGUUGGCACCAAGUCGGGGUCUGAUGAUGUGAUCUUGGAGAAAUCAAGGGAACUCUUCAAAUGUUAUAGGUACAUGUAUGGCGCUUUUGGUAAUUUCUGAAGUCGGUUAUAUUUUUUGUUAAAAUGUUUUUAUAUUCUAUCAACGCCAAAGGCAACUAAUGUAGUCGUCAUGUUUCAUGUUUGUCGGGCCUUCAUCGCCUAGGUUCUAGAUUAUAUGCCCUAGCCUUGUAAGUUCAAUAAAAUUUUAAUCAUUUUAACCCUUUGAACGCUUUAUGUCAUAAACACAAAGAUCACUCAAACGCCAAGGUCCCGGGCGCAAGGGAACGAAUGUAAACCUUACUCGAAAGUGUGAAGGUUACUUUGACAGCGUCCGCCAUAACGCCUAUAGGUGUCCUUAGCGCUGUGGGCAAGACUAGUAACGACAACUUUAGGUUGGCGUUCAAAAGGUUAAAUCGAAAUAAAGUUGCAUUUGUUUUAUUUCGUUAAAUUUUCAAGUAAAGCAAAAAUCAACUCUAUUUCCUUAAAAAUAGGUUCAAUUUCCAUGGAAUAUUUUGAAUUUUUCUUGUAUCUUUGGAGGCUACAAUAAUUGUAGUUCUCUGGGCAUUCGUAAACCUUACUGUGUGUUGUUUUUAGUACAUCCUCAAAGUAUUCUUCAUACUUUUACACUAAAUUAUAACUCUCUAAAUCUUUUAGCAUUGAUGUUAGCUUUGUUUUUCUUUAAAGGAUGGUAGUACGCCUCGUAUUUUUUACAGUUAAUUUUAACUGAUUUUAAUUCGAACGAUUUUCGACAUAUAGUAGAUCAAAUACAUAGUAUCGCCCAUAGUAGCCGAAUAUAUCAUGACACUCUUUUGUUACCAUAAAAAUAUGCAUGUAUUGCGAUAUAUUUAGCCACUUUGGUCGUCAUUAUCUAUUUUAAGCUGACUGUACAAGAUCCAAAAUAAUAUUACGCGAAACUCUACGUAAAGGGCGCCACUACCACAAAUCUGUGAAAACUUGUCAAAAAACAGUUAAAGGCAUAGUAUAUAUAAGUUACUCUAUGGUUUACGAUAGGUGCUAGUGCUGCACUCUGGCGGCAGAACAUUGCAGUAAUACCCCUAUUCAUUGUUUUUUAUUUGUAAAUACGUUCGUCUCAAAUUAACCUAAAAUUGUGCUCGUUUCGUUACAAUUUAAGUUGUGUGUAAAACCAUGAUUUGGUGUAUAUAAUGGUGAUAUUAAUUAGUUGAAGUUUGAUGGAUUUAGCACAUGAAUUUGUUAAUUAUAUCGUAGUGGUAUGGUAGCUGUCAUUGACAUUCAUUUUUGGGUAAUCUAACUGUUUAGAUUACCCAAAAAAGCGAAAUUAUUGUAGAAAAGCGUAAUUUUGUACUAUUAAUCCAGAGGGUUUCAUCUCCCUAAAUACAAAAGGCGGACAAAUGCUACGCCUACUUAUUUAACAACCACUUUUAAAUUUCGCGAGUGAUUAUGUCUAUAGGGCGCAUUUGUUAUAAGUUUGUUUUUUACUUGUGACUAAAUUAUAAUGUAGGUAUUUAAAUUACUGUUGCAUUGUUAACUGUGCAUUUAAGAUAGUUGCGUAGGUUGAGUUACCAUUGGCUACUUCUCUGUAAAGCUAAAUGUUUCGUCGUUUAGAGCCACCAACCAAAUAUAUAACUAGAAAUGUUAAGGGUUUGUGUCUAGACGGAAAGGGUUCUUAUAGAUUAGGAUAUAAUCGAUAGUGAAUGUAUUCAUGUAACUACUCAUAGGUACCAUUAACACACUAUUUUAUUAUUGUACAAUAUUUAUUUUCAAAUAUAUAUUAUUAUGACAAGGAUUGUAAAAUAAACUGUACAGAGAAGAGGAAGUGGCGAGAGUAUAUAUAGACCGAUAUAUUUUUUCUUAAAAUAAAUCAUUUAAUCAUUUCAUAAA